CGCCUGGCGUGCUGCGCGUGCGAGGGCGGACCACCUCCUUGAGCAGCACCACGGAGAGCAGCAGCACAACCGCUUCCAGCAGCAGCCCCGCGGCCACCACGGCUUCCGUGAGCACCACCACGUUGUCCAGCGCGUCCACUACCACGCUCUCAACAGCUUCGGGCACCAGCUCCAGCAACACAUCAGAGACCAGCACCUCCACAGCGACUGCGCAGGUCGUCAGCACGAUUAGUGGAACGAUGGACCUGGUGGUCUCCGACCCCGUCGCCUUCGUGAGCGAUGCCACCGCCGUGGCGGCUGUGACGGACAGCAUCGCCAGCCUGGUGGGCGUUGUGGCGAGUCGGGUGUCCGUGACUCUGAACAUCGGCAGCCGCCUCGAAGGGCCGAGCCGCGCCGUGGAGACCCAGCGGGGGUCAUCCACCGCUCCCGGUGAGCCAGCUCGAGAGGACACGGGCACUAGGGUGGUAUCUGCUACGAACAGCACGGUGCGGGUCAGCUACAGCAUCACGACCGUCGGUGGGCCAGACAUCAUUGACGAGCGGAACUCUGACAUUGUUUCUGCGCUGACUGCCUCGGGCGCGGCUUCGACCAUAGAGGACUUGACGACUGCCAACCUCCAAAGCCAGGGCGCAAGCUACACCCUGAUGGUGGAGAGCCUCAGCGCGCCGUCGAUCGACAACAUCACGCUCACGGUGACGUCGACGACAACAACGUUGAGCAUGAGCCGAACAACAUCCAUCUCGGUAACAGAGACUACUUUGUCAGCGACGGGGACUGCAUCGACUGCCACGACCAGGACGACAGCGACCAGCACUAUACCCAUCACUUCUACCACUUCCGUAAGCACCAUCACUAUAAGUCACACCACGCUAUCCUAUACCACAAUUGCUACGAGUACGGCUUCAGCAACGAGUAUCACUUCCACGGUGGCAUCGUCCAUAACAACGUUGAGCAUGAGCAGCACAACGUCCACGUCGGUAACAUAUACUACACUAUCAGCCGCGGAGACCACAACGACUGCCACGACGCAGCCGACAAUAACGACCAUAGCUGCGUCGUUCACUUCCACCACUUCCAUAAGCACCAUCACUAGCAGUUCUACCACACGAACCUAUACCACAACUACGGUCAGUACGACAUCAACAACGAGUUCUUCUUCCACGAGCAUCACACGUACCACUUCCACGUCGACUAGUUCUACACGUACUACCACCAGAACUUCUGCCACAACUACGACCACCACAACCAUGACCAGUUCGACAACCACAACUACUACCAGUACGACUAUCGGUGUCCUGACCCUCGUCGCGAUCCCCACAAAGCUGACCUCUUGCAACUCGCUACUCGUCCACGCUGGGGUGCCAGAUGACACCACCGAGCUGUCUUGGUCGUGCGAGCCUGUCACUUCGCAGCUGUGCGCCGACGUCCUAUCUGUGGCUGCAGCGGGCACAGUCGUGACCACGCUCCAGCUUUCCAGUGACCUCAUCUCUGACGCAGCGGCAGCGGACGCGGGGUUGUCUUCUCCAAUGUCCGUGUGGCUGCACGCGCACGGUCUGAAUCAGCACGGGGACCAGUCGCUGGGGUCUACCGCAUUCACCUUUGAUUUUGACAGGGCUGGCUCGGCGUCCCUGAGCAAGGCCAUCAGCACCACGGAGUACACCUUGUUGGAUGAUUACGUGCGCCUCAGAACCAAUGUCAUGCUCUGCGACGGCGCUGCAGCUGGAGGAGGUAUCGAGGUCGCCUGGAGUUGGAGGGCCAGCGGCGGGCUGCUGUGGACUGAGUGGAUCAAUCCCGCUGGCGUCGCGUACGCGUCGCUCAAGAUGCCGGUCAGCGAGCUGGGUGCUGCGGGGAAUUACGAGGUGAAGGCCUCCAUCGUCGGCUCCGAGGCUGGAGAUGUCACCUUCAGCGUGACGGUGGGCGACAUUCCGCCCCCAGAUGUGCGCUUGGCGCUUCCAGCCGAGGCGUCGAGGGGUUGUGGCUUCCUGAUCGACGCCUCGGGCUCGACUGACCCCAUCGGGUCAGACCUGUCCUUUGCGUGGGCCUGCGAGUCUGACAACUCCUCCGAGCUCGCUGCCUCAGUCGCGGCAACUGCAGCCUGCAGCGCGGUGGUGGCAGGUGCGACAGCUUCUUCAAUCGCUCUCCCCAGCGGGAGCCUGCUCGAGGGUGCCUACCGCUUCAUAGUCACCGUCUCCCGCGCGGAUGCCAAGUCGACUACGCAGGGCAGCGUGCUGGUCACCAGCGCCGCGCAGCCCGUGGUCUCCUUUAGCUGGCUAGCUGCUGAGGUGUCCCCGCAGCAGCCGCUGACAGUCUCCGCCUCAGUUGCCGAGUCAGCAGGCUGCACCGCGCCAGCCUGGAAGACCUGGUGGCUCCUAGCGCCCAGUGGCUCCAGCGCGACACAGCUGACGGCGCCCGCGGCGACCAGCCUCGUAGAGCUGUCGGUGCCCUCGCUGUCCGCCGCGUUCGGCACCUACCAGCUGCGACUGGUGCUGUCCGAGUCGGAGUAUUUUGGCUUCGCAGAAGACAGCAGCAAUGCGGGGGUCGGCGGAUACGUGUUUGAUUCUGCCUACUUUCUGAUUGACGAGCCACCCGCUGGCGGCUCCUGCAAUGUGUUCCCGGGCGGAGGCAGCGCCACGCUGACAAAGUUUACGCUUUUCUCAUCCGGUUGGCUGGACGACGACCUGCCGCUGCUCCACAAGUUCUCCAGAUGUUCUGGAACUGCCAGCGACGGCUGUGACUCGUGGAUCACCGUGAGCGCCUACUCGCAAAGUGGAACCAUGCAGAACGUCUUGCUGUCCACGCCCGGGACCGUCAGAAUCCGGGCCGACGUGAAAGACGCGCUCGGCUCUUCCAGCGCGGCCGUCACCGAGGUGGAAGUCACCGAGCUGGCCGAGGCAGUCAGCGACGACGCUCUGCUUGACGUGGCAGUGUCGGUGGCCAGCUUUGGCGACCCGUUCGCCACCUUGGCGGCCUUGUCGGCGGUGGCGGGUAGCGCCAAGAACAGGGGCCAGGAGUUCUCCGGCACUCUGCUCGACAUGAUGUCGGACAGCGGCGCCCUCUCGGAUCCAUGCCCCGAGAGCAUCGACGCUACCACGACCGCGCUGCAUGGCGUCGUUGCGUCGGCGUCCACUAUGCUGUCCUCGGGUGCAGGCGACGGCGCCAACUCGACCGUGCAGGAAGUCGUCAUGGAGGUAGGUGUCGCGGCAAAGGCCGCGGUGCUGGUCACCAACAUCGCGGUGGCCGCGACGGGCAUGGACGAGGGCAUGGAUGUAGGGACCGCCACGCUGCUGAUAAGCUCGGUGGCCACACUGCUGAACAGCGCCACGGUAACCCCGAUUGCCAGGAUCAUCAACGACACGUUGGACAAGCAGGUGGCGAACCAGAAGGCACUCAGCAGCCAGUUGCAGCUGGCCAUCGAGGCCGUCGGCGACGCCGUCAUCCAAGCCAUCUCACUGGGCGAGACGGCGACCUUGAGCUCCAGCAGCGGCCUGCAGCUCAACGUCAUGAAAGCGGACAACGGCGCGCUGGCGGAACAUGGCGCCACUGUGGGCAGCUUCACGCUCCCUCCGAUGCCGGGCCUCGGCUCAGGCCGUCGCCUGCACUCCGGGCGCAGUCUCGCGAGCGCGGAGGCCAUCGGCUUGCAGAACGCGGUGUGGCACCAUAACCCCUUCUCGUACGCAGGCUCGACCGCCCCUGCGCCCGAAUCGAGUACUGGAGUGGUGAGUGAUUUGAGCAUCGUGACGGACGGCGUGCGGUCCUUGAGCAUCCGGCUGGACGGGGAGGAGGUGAUGAUUAGGGACCUGGAGGAUCCCAUCAUUAUUGGGUUGCCGAGGCACUCAGACGCCGAUCGCAUGAUGUUGUCCUCGCAGAGGAGGCUGGUGGAGCAGGUGGAGGAAUGCAUGUAUUUCAACCACACGAGUGAGAUCUGGUCCACCGAGGGUUGUUCAGUUGUGGAGGUCCGCGGAGACACGCUCAUUUGCGCCUGCAACCACCUCUCUUUCUUCUCCUCGGCCCUGGGUAGCUUGACGUUCCUGAGCGGCUUCUUCUGCCCUGACGUGGCAAUCCUAUCCCCAGCAGGCUUUGCGAACCUGGGCCAGGGCCAGUGGGCUCAACAGCGGGGCGGGAUGGUGCUCUGGAUGCUCCUGACAGUGCUUUUGGUAGUUGCCCUCGCUGCGCUCUGGUCGCAGGGCACCUGGAGGGCCAAGCCCAGCUUCUGCUUUUACUCUGACGACUACCGAAGCUACUCGAACAUGGCCGUACUCAAUGAUAUGAUGAGCGCGGGACAGAUGAGCGGCACGUCCAGGCCGAAGAUGAUCUUCGCCUUCAUCAUCAACGCCGUUCUAAGGCUCCAGCUGGACUACGACUGGGAUGAGCUCUGUCAGAAGAACAUGUUCGACAUCAUUCGGACGCUCGUCUUCCACAAGGCGAUGGUGAUGUGGGUCACGGCCACCAUGGGGUUCUCCGAGCUAGACCUGCGUUAUUUGCGCUAUGGCAGCGUGGU